AUGUUUCAGACCAAGGUGGCACCGCAGUGGGCUGGUGCCCCAGCAGAUAGCGCAGGAGUGCUGCUGAGUGAUGGUUCUUCCGUCGUGCCACUUGCCAAGGCACUGGAGGGGUCGCCGUACUCCCACGGCUGGAAUGUUUCCGUGGAGAUUCAGGCACCUCGCGUGAACCUGUCUGCACUUGGCGGCGAACCGUUCAAUCUGCGGGACGUCUCUCAGGAGUAUCUGCCGGACUUCUCGCACGAUCAGGGCGUCGCCUUCCUUAGCGAGUUUGUUGCAGGCAGCUCCAUCGUGAUGUGGGUGCUGAUCGUACUUGUGCCUUUGUUCGUCUCCUUUCGUGGGAAGAAGCGGCCCUAUGUCGCUGCCAUGGCCUUGCGAACUCUGCGGGCAGCCUUCGUAGUGCACAUUCUGCGGAUACCCACCUACCUGACCACCACCCUCCCUGGAGCGGCUCCGCACUGCCAGAGUGUGAGGUGGCCUUCGAAUUUUGCAAGGCCAAAAGGUGGUUGGGAGGAGAACCAGAAGCACGUGCGCACAGUGUGGGACUUGUUCUUUAGCACGUACAACCUCACACACAACAGCAACUGCGGAGAUUUGGUCUUCAGUGGCCACACGGUGACGACGGCCACGCUCUUGGUGGCAGUGUGCUACUAUGCAGACCAGAUGCUCCCGAAGUGGAUGAGGAAUAUCAUCGUCGUAGCAUCGACGCUUCUCCUACUCUUGCAGGUUUUCCUCAUCGUAACAGUGCGCAACCACUACACGGUUGACGUCGUCAUCGCGGCUUACCUGGCUCCGCUGAACUUCUGGGCCUGGUUACACCUCGCCCCGACGGAAUCCGGAGCCGACUGCUCCCGCGAGACGUCGACACCACGGAGUGCAUUGACACCGGUGCCGGCCGGAGAAGCAGUGUGA